CCCUUCGGCCCAAUCUGCCUUUUUAGCGUCUCCCAACGGGUCCGGCCGGGUUGUGUUUCAUGGGGGGUCUUCAAAUGAGGUGUAGGCGUGUUUCAUGGGGGUCUUUAAAUGAGGUGUAGGCGAGGGAGGGUGAGAGGAAGGGGACGGAGAGGUCUUUCUCCCUGCCGGGGACUCCUCCUCCUUUCCCCUCCCCGCUCCUGAGGAGGUGUCAAAUGAUUUCCAGGCUACAUGCAGGAGAAGAACCGUACUGCUGGCUAUCUUAAGAGGCAGAUUUAUGUGCCGUCGGGUGCCGGGCGGUGGGCGCCGGCGCUGACCGACGAUGUCCGCAGCCCCCCCCCGCCGCCGCCGCCGCCGCCGCCUCCCCGUCCUGGCCCUGCUCUGGAUCCUGGCGGCCCAGGGACAGCCCGAACGAGCAGAUGACUGCAGCGCCCACUGUGACCUGGCCCACGGCUGCUGCGGGCCCGACGGCCAGUGCAAGUGCGACCCCGGCUGGGAGGGGCAGCAUUGCGAACGCUGCGUCCGGAUGCCCGGCUGCUUGCACGGCACUUGCCACCAGCCCUGGCAGUGCAUCUGUCGCAGCGGGUGGGCUGGCAAGUUCUGCGACAAAGACGAGCACGUCUGCGCAGAGCGGCCCCCGUGCCAAAACGGAGCCCAGUGCGUGUACCAAGGGGACGGAGGGUACCGAUGCCUCUGCCCACCCGGCUUCCACGGCCACGACUGCGAGCUCAAGGCGGGGCCCUGUGAACGUGCCAGAGCUCCCUGUCGGAACGGAGGCCGGUGCCAGGACGACCGCGGCUACGCCCGGAACUUCACUUGCCGUUGCCUGGCGGGCUUCGUGGGCCCACGCUGCGAGGUGGACGUGGACGACUGCCUGAUGCGCCCGUGCGCCAAUGGGGCCACCUGCCGGGAUGGCAUCAACCGCUUCUCCUGCCUCUGCCCCACGGGCUUCGCGGGCCGCUUCUGCACCGUCAACCUGGACGACUGCGCCAGCCACCCCUGCCAAAACGGGGCCCGCUGCCGGGACCGCGUGCGGGACUUCGACUGCGUCUGCCCCGACGGCUUCGGGGGCAAAACGUGCCAGCUGCCCGUGCGGGCGGCGGUGCCCCCGGCCCCGUCCCACCCCCCUCCGGGUCCUCCCCGCCCUUCUCCGGCCCUCCGGCCCCCGCCGCCCGCCCCGGCCACGGCCUCGGCCCCCCAGAGCGUGGGAGCGGGGCUGCUGCGCAUCUCCGUGAAGGAGGUGGUGAGGCGGCGGGAAGGCCCGGGCCUGAGGGAACCCCGCUUGGUGGCCGUCCUGGUCUUCGGGGCGCUCACGGCCGCGCUGGUGCUGGCUACCGCGCUGCUGACCCGGCGGGCCUGGCGCCGGGGCCCCCGUGCCCACCGCCCCCCGGGCUCCUGCUGCUGCCCGCCCCGGCCUCCCGGCCCCGAGCGCCACGACCGGGAGUGCCAGGUCAGCAUGCUGCCCGCCGAGCCCCCCCGGUCCCCUCCCGGGCCCGCUGAGCCGGGCAAGACCACGGCGCUGUGACCGGCGGGAGGGAGGACGACGGCGACCGGGGCUCCGCCCUCGCCCGCACCAGAGACCGAUGGGGCCCUGAGCCGGGCUCCCGCCCACUGAGACGGACGUGGCCUCAUCAGAAAUAUUAUUUUUUUAUUAACGUGGACCGUGCGACAGGAGUUCCCUCCAAUAAAGUUCGAAAAUG